CUUAUUCUACGGUCAAAUGUCAAACAAACGUCAAAGUGACAACCAUUGUUCUGUAAUCAAUAAAAAUAGUUUAAGAAAACACAAAUAAUCAAUAAAGAAUGUCGGUUAAUCCAGAAAAUCGUCCAGAAUUGUACGAGGAAGUCAAAUUGUACCACAAUGCUCGUGAAAGAGAGAAAUACGAUAAUCUAGCUGAUUUGUUCGCUGUGAUUAACACAUUACAGCAAUUAGAGAAAGCCUAUAUACGAGAUUGUGUAACUCCGAAGGAAUAUACAGGGGCCUGUAGCAAACUGCUGGUGCAAUACAAGGCAGCGUUCAGACAAGUCAAAGGAGAUGAGUUUCCCACGGUUGAUGCUUUUGUUCGCAAAUAUCGAUUGGAUUGUCCCGCUGCGUUAGAAAGGAUAAAGGAGGAUAGGCCUAUUACUAUCAAAGAUGAUAAGGGUAACACAAGUAAAUGCAUUGCUGAUAUUGUUUCUUUGUUUAUAACCAUCAUGGAUAAGUUGAGAUUAGACAUAAAAGCCAUGGAUGACUUGCAUCCAGAAUUGAGAGAUUUGGUGGACACUAUGAACAGAUUGAGUAUCAUACCGUCUGACUUUGAAGGGAAACAAAAGGUGACAGAGUGGCUUAACACAUUGAACAACAUGCAAGCGUCGGACGAAUUAUCAGAUUCGCAAAUACGGCAAUUACUUUUUGAUCUGGAGAGCUCUUAUGCCGCUUUUAAUAAGCUUUUACACAAUUCAUCAUAAUUUUUUAUUUGAAUGUUAAAACACAUUUUUAUAAUAAAAUACGCUUAUGAUACAACUUA